CGAAAUUACCCCUGUGCUAGCAUCAGCAUUGUCUUCGAGUGGCCUCUUCAAGUGUCAAUAAAUACCCAUUUCUUACACUUCGUUCCUUCCGUUUCCCUCUUCACUCUCCCUCGUACUCCUUAAUUUUUAAGCUUGUGGUUUGAUUCUUAGUGUCUAAAUAAGUAGUUUUCCGGUCAUCGAUCGUCAGAGUAAGUCAUGUUGACAUCAUCAGUCGGAUAUGGAAUCCCACCUACAGAUUUCGCGAGUGGUUUUACACCAUGGGAAGACCAAGAAUUUAUGUCAUCUCUUUUCCUACCCCAGCAGCAAGAUCCUAUAUAUUCCUCCAAUAACAAUAGCGGUUCGGAUAAUGAGCCGAACCAACCCGCGAGUAAUGAUAGUAAUAAUGAUUUAGUAGUGGUUGAUGAGCGUAGGAAGAGAAGAAUGAUAUCGAACCGGGAAUCAGCCAGACGGUCUAGAAUGAGAAAAGAAAGACAUUUGCAAGAUUUAAGGAACCAAAUGAACCGGAUGAAAAUUGAGAACCAGGAUUUGGCGAACCGAUUUGCGUUUAUUAAUCAUUCUAAUCAGGUCUUACGUAGAGAUAAUGAUCGGCUUCGUUAUGAAUCUUCAUCUCUUCGUCGCAGAUUAUCUGAUAUUCGUCGGACAUUGAUUUUUCGACAGCUCCAAUCUUUAUCUUCUUCUUCUACUUCUUCGAUUUCUGCUACUACUAGUGUGCCGUUUAAAACAGUUAAUGAAAAACUUCAUUCGUUGAUUGCAUAAUCAUAUGAUCUCUAAGUGUUACGAGCGUCUGCCUUAGCUAGUUUUAUAUGGAAUCCUAAUAUAGAACAAUUAUAGACGUGUAAAAUAUAUUAGAUUUAUCUUCUUUUUCUCCUUUGUGCAUUAUUAGAUGUAUUGUUUCGUCAUGAGGUUUUGGAAAUGGUGGCGGGGUUUGUAUAAGAUUUUCAAGUUGGUAUUUAUAUUUUGUUUACCUUU